CACACAUUUGAUUUUAUUCUAUCUUAUCUUGUACCUUCUCCGAUUUCGUGGUCCUUCUUCUUCUUCAGCUUGACCCGAAAUUGAGAGGUCAGUUCAUCCUGUAUGACAUCCGGUCAGAAGGAAUUUUGUGAGAUUUACGAGUUAGGAAGAAUUUUAAAAUAAGAAUAAUUGGAAUUUAGAACAUUUGCAUGAUUAAUAUUAGUUAAUUUAUAAUUGUGAAAACUAUAAACUUUUGUUCGGUCGGAAGGGAAGAGAUAUAAUGUUCAAUGUGUAAAUGUGGAUUUUUAAAUAAAACACAGGAAUUUCUAUUUUAUAAAUUUUUACACUGACACGACUGAUUUUAUUGGACGCAGAUUUUUAUCGAACUAAUUUUGUGACAGGUUGUUUUUAGAUCUCCAACAGUAAUUAAAAAUAAUAUUACUAAUAAAUAUAAAACAAUUUCGGAAAAUGUAUUGUUGAUAUUCUGGGGAAAGUUUUGAAUACCAAAAAUUUUAUCUUAUCAUGUUGCCACCAAUCAUAUUCAGAACGAUCUUCUCGUCACGUCGUGGCGUUCCUCGGAGUUUCAAUGACCUUUUCAAUGACCACCACAACGACAGACGGACCAUGUCCACCAAGCGGGGGGACAAUUCCACCCCAACGUCAUCUGACAUUAGCAAACUUUUCUACAAAGAUCUCCUCCCCCACAACCCGACUUCCGGUUUCCCCCCUCUCACCACCUUCUACACCCGGGUGCUCUCCCUAAUUCUCGACUACGUAAAAAAAUCCAGUGAUAGGAACGAACCCGUCUUGGUUCACCACCCACCCGAACUCAUGAAACUGAUGGACUUCUCCCUCCCCGAUGAGCCUCGAAACCUCGCCGAAAUUCUGCAGGAUUGCGAAACCACGCUGAAACACGUCGUGAGAACGGGACACCCCCAUUUUUUUAACCAGCUCUCCAACGGCUUGGAUACGAUGUCCUUGGCCGGCGAGUUCAUCACGGCGACGGCCAACACGAACAUGUUCACGUACGAGAUCGCCCCCGUUUUCAUACUCAUGGAGAAAUUCGUGUUUAGAAAGAUGCGAGAGAUUAUCGGGUAUACGAGAGGGGAUACGAUCAUGGCGCCGGGUGGCUCAAUUUCCAACUUGUACGCCGUAAUUGUCGCGAGACACUGCAUGUUUCCGGAUUAUAAGAAGCAAGGGAUGCGGUCGAUGGUGAAGGAACCCAUUAUUUUUACUUCCGAGCAUUCGCACUAUUCCAUCAUGAAAGCCGCCGUAGUGGCAGGAUUCGGGACGGAACAUUGUGUAAACGUUCCUUGUGACCAGAGGGGAAAGAUGAUUCCCGAGGAGUUGGAGAGACUCGUCGUGAAGGCGAAGGAGGCAGGAUCGCAACCCUUCUUUGUCACCGCGAUGGGCGGGAGUACCGUUUUUGGAGCGUUCGACCCCAUCAAUGACAUCGCCGAUAUUUGCGACAAGCACAACUUGUGGUUGCAUAUUGAUGGGGCCUGGGGUGGAAGUCUCCUCCUCUCCAAGAAGUAUCGUCAAGGUCGAUUUGACGGGGUUGAGAGGGCGAGAUCUUUAACCUGGAACCCUCACAAACUUCUCACCACGUCGCUGCAAUGUUCCACCGUCCACUUUAAGGAAAAGGGUCACUUGGCCAGUUGCAACUCGACCCACGCCGCCUACCUCUUCCAACCCGAUAAGCACUACGACGUGCGGUACGACACGGGCGAUAAGGUCAUCCAGUGUGGGAGACGGAACGACAUUUACAAAUUGUGGUUGAAAUGGCGUGCUCAUGGAACAUCCGGCCUCGAAAAAGCCAUCGACCACAUGAUGGGCGUCACCGAGUAUAUGGUCGCCUGCUUAAAAUCCCAUCCCGAUAAGUUCUACCUUAUCGUAGAAGAACCCGAAUGCACCAACGUUUGCUUCUGGUACAUUCCCGAACGGUACCGAAAUCAGCCCCAUUCCGCCGAAAAGCAGGAAAUCCUAGGCAAAGUGACGCUCCAACUGAAACGCAGAAUGAUGGAGAAGGGCACCUUGAUGAUCAGUUAUCAACCGCAGGGCAAAAUUCCCAACUUUUUCAGAAACAUAAUUUCAAACCCGGCCGUGCAGAAGGACGAUAUUGACUUCCUCAUUGACGAAUUGGAUCGGUUGGGACGUGACUUGUGAAAAAUUUUAGAAAAAAAGGAACAAGAUUUUAAAUGUGACGUGAACAAUGAUAAUAAAAAUGAUGGAAUUUUGCUCAAUUAAUUUUUAAAUAAUAUAAUGAAAUGCCUUUUAAUUAAGUUAAACACGAUUGACGCCAUAAUAAAGAACUAUUGACUGAA